AUGAUCGGCCUACUCCUCGGGCUGGUCCUGCACGUCCCAGGACUCGCUGCGCAAGUCGAGGGCUCCUCGCCCAUCUCCUUCACGUCAAAUGGCAAUCCCAUCUGGUCUAACAGUUCCUGGUACUCCGGAGACCCAGCACCCUUGGUCGCUAAUGAAAAGCUCUACAUCAUCACAGGCCGCGACACUGCUCCGCCCAACCAAAACGCCUUCGACAUGAACCAAUGGGGCAUGUUCGUCUCCUCGUCCCCAGACCCUAAGGGCAGCGAAUGGACUCUCUACCCGGAGAUCGCCACCCCUGAAUCUGUCUUCUCCUGGGCCGAGUCGGGAUCCGCAUACGCCGCCCAAGUGGUACAAGGCGCCGACGAGAAAUUCUAUCUCUAUGCGCCAGUCAAAGAGGCCGAUUCCUCCAACGAAGAUCCUUUCGCGAUUGGCGUCGGCGUAGCGGACUCACCUACGGGCCCGUAUAAAGAUGCGCACCCGUCCGGACCGAUCAUUUCGCAGUCUGUUCCCUCGCCUGGAAACUCGAUCCAGAAUAUUGACCCAACGGUGUUCGUCGACGACGAUGGACAGGUAUACAUAUACUUCGGCACAUUCGGAGAACUGCUCGGAUACAAACUCGACUCGGACAUGGUGACGGUCAAAGGCGACGUGACCCGCGUGACAAGUCUAACAGGGUUCUUCGAAGCGCCGUGGCUCAUGAAGCGCAAAGACACAUACUACAUGCUAUUCGCGGCCAACAACGCUGGCGAGGACUCUCCCUGCACGCCGACCUCUUACCACGCUUGUCUUGCGUACGGGACGGCCUCGUCCCCGCUUGGCCCGUGGACGUUCCAAGACGUUAUUCUUCCGGUCGUGUCUUCGACGACGUCGCAUCCCGGCGCGGUCGAGCUCAACGGAGAUUGGUACCUUGUGUAUCACACCGCGGACGCCGAAGGAGGGGGUCAUUUCCGUCGCAGUGUCGCGUUCGAUAAACUCACCUGGGACUAUAGUCAGAGUCCACCGAAGAUCAACACCGUUCAGCAGACCUUUGCGCCGAAGAAGGCGGCCCCGGCGACGCAUAAUGCUGCACUGAAGGCGGUGGCGAGCUCCGAGAAUGGCACGCCGAUCCAGUACUGGAUUAAAGCGUUGAAUGAUGGGAUCGUGCGCGAGACUCCGCUGCCGCCGGACUAUUGGAGCUCGUAUGAUGGUACGGACUCGCCAGAGACGAGUACCCUGACCUAUGCCUGGAAUGAGACGGUCACGUUGAAUGGAACUUCGAUGGUGUUUUUCGCGGACCAGCCGGCCGGUUCGGACAUUGGAGUUGCGCCGCCAAGGGAGUGGUAUGUUGAGUAUAAGGAUGGGGAGGGCAAGUGGCUGAAGGCUGUUAAUAAGACGGCGUAUCCGCUGGAGGUAACGGAUACUCCUGAUGUUGUGACGUUUGAAGAGCUGGAGACCAAGUCAAUUCGUGCGAUCCUAGCUGCUUCGGGGUCGCAGGGACAACAUGCCGGGGUGGGCGUGAAGGAGUGGGAGGCGUUGUCGACUACUUUGCAAGACUCUUGA